AUGAAUAUGAUGCGUCGGCUGAAGAGCAUUGCUUCGGGCCGCUCCUCCGUCUCAGAUCCUGUUGGGGAUUCUAGCAUUAAAAGGGUGAAGGUCGAGCAAGAACUAGAUCACAGAGAUAGCUGCGACGUAGAGACGGGAGAAAAUUGUCUGCAAGCGCCAGAGCAGCAUAUGGAAUCCAACUCUUUAGAAGCUGUUGCAAGCACAUCUAAUGUACAUGGUAAACCUGAGAAGUCUGGGUAUGAUGAGCUUCCAAAAGAAAUGCAUGAAAUGAAAAUUAGAGAUGAUAAAACUGAUAAUCAUGAGGCAAAUGUCAAGGAUAUGGAAUCCACUAUUGUGAGUGGCAAUGGAACAGAAGCUGGUCAGAUUAUCGUAACUUCAAUUGGUGGGCAUAAUGGACAACCGAAACAGACAAUGUCUUAUAUGGCAGAGCGUGUUGUUGGCACUGGUUCAUUUGGAGUUGUAUAUCAGGCCAAAUGGCUUGAAACGGGUGAAUCUGUCGCUAUAAAGAAGGUGCUGCAGGAUAGGAGAUAUAAGAACAGAGAACUGCAGAUAAUGCGCAUGCUUAACCAUCCUAACGUUGUUCAGUUGAAGCAUUCUUUCUAUUCUACUACAGAAAAGAAUGAGGUGUACCUAAAUCUUGUUUUGGAGUAUGUAUCAGAAACGGUCUAUCGGGCUUCAAGGCACUAUAGCAGAGUGAACCAGUACAUGCCUAUGUUAUUUGUGCAGCUGUAUACAUACCAGAUAUGCCGAGCGCUAAAUUACACACAUAGAAUUGUUGGCGUCUGUCACCGAGAUAUUAAACCGCAGAAUCUACUGGUUAAUCCUCACACACAUCAGCUUAAGCUUUGUGAUUUUGGGAGUGCAAAGAUGUUGGUACCUGGUGAACCAAAUAUAUCGUACAUUUGCUCUCGAUAUUAUAGGGCUCCAGAACUGAUCUUUGGAGCCACAGAAUACACAACGGCCAUCGACAUGUGGUCUGUAGGUUGUGUUAUGGCUGAGCUACUUCUCGGGCAGCCUCUCUUUCCCGGGGAGAGCAGUGUUGAUCAGCUGGUUGAAAUAAUUAAGGUUUUGGGGACGCCGACUAGGGAGGAAAUCAAGUGCAUGAAUCCAAAUUACACCGAGUUUAAAUUUCCACAAAUUAAAGCCCACCCAUGGCACAAGGUAUUUCAAAGGAGAAUGCCACCGGAAGCGGUGGACUUAGUGUCGAGGCUGCUCCAAUACUCACCUACUUUACGUUUCACCGCCUUGGAGGCUUGUGCUCACCCGUUUUUCGAUGACUUAAGAGAACCUAACGCAUGCUUGCCUAACGGGCGACCAUUACCUCCCCUCUUCGACUUUUCCCCUGAAGAGCUGGCUGGUGCACCACCCGAGCUGCUACAGCGGCUCGUUCCCGACCAUGCCAAGAAGUGAAUAGCUCCGGGACUACUAGUCUCCUAUCAGCUGCUAUGUACAAACUUUUUGUCGAUGCUACGGUGCCCAUCUGAAGCAGGUCGAUGGGAACGGUAAAUUGAUGAUGAAGGAAUCCUGCGCACGAGAUGGACUUUGCUGGAGCAGGAGAAGGACCAGCAAUACAUGGCAAGUUUUUGAAUCACCAGUGGCAAAAACAAAAACAUGGUUUCAAGAACUGCUGUAUGGAUCUGAGGAUGUGAUAGAUUUUAGCUAUAUAUAUACAUCUAAAACAUAUAAUUGAUUAUAUAUAAAGUUUGAAGAUAGCCAUGAUGUCUGUGGAGGAGAGGAUUAGAGAUGACUUAGGUUUCCAUUUAUUUUUGUACUCAAAAAUAUCUUUUCUGCAACUUCUUUUCCUGAUACAAAAAUGAGCUUCCAUUUGCUGCCUGCU